GCCAGGAAGGAGGCAGGAUGGAAGAGUUCUCUGCAGCAGACUCUCUGCCCAGACCAUCCAACACAGCUUUUGCAAGGUGCUAUCAACACCAGACAAUGAAGUCACUUCUGGUUUUGUUGAUGUACCUGGGUAUUCUCAUUCUUCCUGGAUCUGAAGGCAAUGACUUUCCAGAAGCCAAAAAGCGUGAUGUCCGUUUCUUGUUCGGAAACAUUUUUGGUGGGAAUAAUCAGCCUCCUUUGAACACUAAGGCCCCAGAUUUGCCUGACUCUUCUCUGAUAGAUGCAGAAUCCUUUUGCCAAGAUGGCUGUCAAGAUGGUUGGGUCAGUUACAUGGGCCAAUGCUACAUGUUUGUCCAGAAACAAAUGUCAUGGGCAGAAGCUGAGAGCACUUGUCAAAGCGUAGUCACAAGUGGACACCUGACCAGUAUCUCAAGUGCCGAACACAAUGAGUUUCUUGUGAACCUGGCCACUUAUCAAGGACAAAAAACAGCCCAGUUCUGGACAGGAGGAAGCCACCAAGGGGGAUCCUCUCUAAGCUGGACAGAUGGAUCUGUGACAAAUUUCAUUCAGCGCCCGCUGAGCUCAAUUCUUCAUGUUGUUGGGGAAACAAUUAACAGUAUCCUGAACCUUCGUAUAUGCUUGAAGUUAAAUAUUAAUAUUGGAGGCCAGGGUCACUGGGAUGGUUCUGACUGCAAAAAGAAGCUACCUUUCAUAUGCAGCUACAAACCCAAUCUGACACCUCCAUAAUCCAUCUCCGGAAUACAAUGCAAACAGUUCUAUUCAACCAACUUUGCUGCCCUUGGACUGCAGAUCAUUCACCAAAUGAUUUGUUAUGUUUCUACUCUCAUUCUUUCCCUCUCCCUCUCCCUUCACUCCCCACCCCCGCCACACAUACAAUCAAGAACUUAUUGUAAAAUGCUGAAGUGUCUUUUGUGAAUAGGAUUCAGAUAGAAAGAAUUGCUAUUAUAUUGACACAGACCAUUAUUUGGAGUGCCACAGAGAUUGUACUAUUAAACAAAUUCUGACUUGAUUUGAGUGCUUAACAAGAUCCAUAUGCUACUUAAGCCCCACAUGGAUUUAAAAAAUAUUGUCAAGAAACCUUUAAUUUUAACAUAAUUACAAAUCAUUCAUUAAAACAUUCAUUAUGCCACCAUUUAAUGGUCAUCAUAUCUUUUAAAUGCUGAAAACUCUCUCUUUAGAGUGCCAGAUAAAUCCAUGAAGAGUCAGUUUGAAUGUUGUUGUUGGGCUUUUCUAAAGAAAAAAGGAAAGGAAAAGAAUUGCUGUAGUACAAUCACAGUCCAAAGAGAAGUAACGCAACCAUAAAAUGA